AUUAACCAUUAUAAUGUGUCAAUAUUAUCUCUACCUUCAUAAACAUGUUAUAAAUUCAGAGAUAAAACUAUAAUAAACUUUUCAUCGCAGCUUAGCAGAUAUGGUGAAACACUAACGCCCUUCUUGUCGCAUACAAUAACACACAUACUAUAUCUAUGGUCACAGUGUAUCUUUUAUUUAACCAUAGAGCGAGCUAGUGCUAAGAAAACUGACUUUCCCUUGCGGGUUUUUCUUCAAUCAAAGUACAAAUGUCAGAAAAAAAGGAAGUUGGGUUUGAAGUUUCAAUUUUUGCACGGAACAGAGAAUAACAACACUAGCCUGUAACACUGUGCGUGUGUUAUAACCAGGAGAGAGACGCGUCAUUUAGUUCAUUUAAAAAAUAAGUUUAAAUGGCAAAUUUCAAAAAUAAAGAAAUGUUCCCUAUUAGUGAACUCUCUAACCAUGUAAUUGAAGAGUUUUGCAAAGUAAUGGACUGCCUGGAAGACAGAGACUGGAGGGAGUUUGCAUCCUGCAUCGUGUGUGACCAGACAGAGCUAUGCAACAUCCAGCCUGUGGAGAAGACUGGGAGGAGUCGGACCAGAGAACUGUUGUGGUGGUGGAGUGUCAGGAAUGGAUCUGUUCAACAGCUCCUGGAGAUCCUGUACCAGCUUGAGCUUUACAGACCAGCCAAGCUGCUAUUGGCAGAUGGGGUAAAAAGAAGUCCAGUGUCAGAGUUCAGUGUGUGUUCAGACACAAAACUGCCAAGUCAAGAAAAAUGUGUUUGCUCCCUACCUGGUCCACCCCCCACUCCUGCUCACCUCAUUUCAGCAACACAAAGUGGUCAUGUGACUUGUGGGAUGAGAGACCAACAGGAAGGCACUUUAAUUCAACAAGAGACAGCCAGGGAGUGUUCUGGUCUAAACUGCUGGUCGUUUGAAGAUAUUAGGAAAGCCACCAACAACUUCAGUAGUGAUCAGAUAAUUGGCUCAGGAGUAUUUGGAGAUGUUUACAGAGGGGUUGGAGCUAAUAACCAAUAUGCCUUCAGGAAACUGCACGAGGCAAGUAUAAAGCAAUAUUGUGAGUAGAAGUUUCCAAAAAUAAUGAGCAACCUGUUACUUAAAUGAGCAGUUGUGGGGUUUUUUUUCUUUCUUUUUUCUUAAAGUUACUGCACUGUAAUGGUCCCUUGAAUGGUCAUUUUAAACAGUGUUUUGUGGCAAUAGGUUUCAAACCAAGCAUACACAAGACACUUUUUUUUUCUUUAAACAUUUUCAAGUCAUAUCUUUACUUUUCACAUUGAACAGACAUGGCAUGUCAGUGUACAUAUUGCACUUGAUUUCUCCUCCAGUGGAUGAUGAGUUACUAAUACUGACAUCAGGUUAAGACAUGUGCCUUCCUCCCAACUACAGAGCUGGCACUACAGUUGAACGGUGAGGUCACCGUUUUGCA